AUGAGACCAUCCUCUCUGUAUAUAACGCUGCUGGUGGUCCUUUCAGUUCUGGAGCUGGUGUACGGAUUUGUAGUGGUGGUCCCUCCUCCAUCAGCAGUAGCAUCUCCCCGCCAACAAUCAUGGACGUUGCUGUUUGCCAGUGGUAAAAAGACGAAAAAGGGAGGCAUGGCAGAAAAACGCAAACGUCGUUCCCAAGCUCGCCAACAACGACAACAAGCCUUGAUGGAAGCGAAUGCGCAACUUCCCGCUUCCAAAUUGGAUUUCAAGACUCCACCACCUCCACCCACUCCCACGGCUCCGGGUGGAUCUGCUACGGUAGACGAGCUGGAACAAGAAGCCACCAACAGCAAGGCGAGAGAAUUGGUCGAGACGCAACGAGAAUCGGUCAACAUGUUGACGCAUGUGACGGAACAAUUGGAAGCCAGUAGUAGUCGUCUGGAGGAGCUGUCGUCGCAAGAAGAAGGAUAUGUCGUAUUGGACAAUUUACUCGACGAGUCCGUGGUGCAACAAUUGCAAGACGAAUCGAUGGCACUUUACGAACAAAAUGAAAUGACAGCCGAUGUCAGCCAAUUGGGUACGGGAGAAUUCAUUACGGCAAUUCAAGGAGGGGCCGAGCAGUAUCCCAAAUGUCCACGCACUAUUGAAUGGGUGGUGGCGGUCACAGGAAAACUGGCGGCACUAUGCAAUAGUCAAUUGCAAGAUGCUGUAGAAUUGGAGGAUCGAGCCUGUAGUCGUGCCGUGGCACGUCUCUUUGAUCGAUCCUCACUACAAGCAUCCUUGCAUUUGCUCAUGGGACAAGACAGUCCCGAGGCGGUGCAACAUGCCAUUCAAAACUUGAAACCGGCAUCAUUGCAAACCGUUAUUGAACGAGAUCAAGAAGACGAGGAGGAUUUCCGAAAAAUAUCCGUCUGCUACUUUUUGACGGAUCCAACCUGGAACGAAGCUUGUGGAGGCCACUUGACAUUUGCUACCGGCAGUACUACGGAAGAUGCAACAACCACCACUAUUGAGGCGCUUCGAAAUCGACUCGUCAUUUGGAGAUCCGACACCACGAGAGUACGACGAGAGCCAUUUCGGGGCAGUGAGAUUCUCACCACGGCGAGUACCAUAGAACUGCAUCUUGUACAAAAGCAGCAGGGGUAG